CUCUCCGCAAUAUAUACAUAUUAACCAGACCAGCACGCGUGCCCCCAAAGUUUGUUGUUUAACAGCCAGUCAGGUGGCCAUUUGGUCUCAUAUCGAGGUUGCGAACACGGCGAGUUAUCAAUUUGUCACAUCUGCGAGCACGAGUUGUUAUAAUUGAGUCGUUCUGCAGUUAUCGCUACCACAUGAACCUCAACUUCCAAGCCGACUACUUUGAACCUCCUGCGCCUUGCAAAUCCGCCUUCAUGGAGUUGCCGUCAACACCGGGGCCGCAUAGCUACUCCAGCUAUAAUCCAGUGCCGCCGAAUUAUAACCCGUACACUGCGAUGCGCUACUACCAUCACCCUCCAGCGAACCAAGAGUACUCCUUAGCCUGCAAUGCCAGAAGCUCCUUUCCAAUGCCGCCGGUUUUGAACCAUCAUCCGCUGUCGCAUCAUCCAUACUUAUCGCCUUCUAUGCAAGGCUUUGGAUCCCCUCACGAUUCUCCUCACGAUGGUACGUAGACUAUGGAAUAUUUACGUUGUUUACUAGUGAUAGGCAUGAGUUACUCAAAGAAGAUUCGGAAGUGAUUUAGCGCACAAUCCGCUUGUGGUUGCCCAAGUUAAUAAAAAUUAGUGAAGUUAAAGGAGUCGCAAAAUUCUUAUAAUAUAAGCUCGAAGUGUUAAACUGUAUUGUCAAAUGGAACAAAAUUAGUCGAAAAUUGACUGGUAAAAUUUUUCCUAGCCCUUUGCUUGAUAAGUAUAAAGGCAAAAUGAUACAAUUUAUCCAUCAUUUGAAGCCGUUAUUUUUGUAAUUCUUAAGAGAGUUUUAACAUACUUUAACACAUUACCAUGCAGAUUUGAAAGGAACAUGUGAUGAACCCAGGCUAAACGGCAAAGGAAAAAAGAUUCGAAAGCCGCGAACCAUCUACUCCAGCUUUCAACUUCGGGAACUCACCAAGCGAUUUAACAAGACACAAUAUUUAGCUCUACCUGAACGCGCUGAUUUGGCUGCCUGCCUCGGCCUAACGCAGACCCAAGUGAAAAUUUGGUUUCAGAACAGAAGAUCUAAGUUUAAGAAGCACAGCGCCAGAGUGAACGAAGACAGCCCAGGUGAAGAGACUAGUAAAUCAGAGAGCACGGCAAGCCCAUCAAACAGCUCAGGAACUUGGUCAAAUACAGACGUAUCAACAUCUGGAAGUCAUGACACAGAGAGUCCAAGCCUUGCCGCUUUAGCGACCACUAAACAGACGAUACAGUUAGGACCAAAUUUGAGCCAAUGGUGUCUUACAAGUGGACUAAAGUCUCCUUUCCCUGCAGACCGAUGCCAAAGAAUGUGAUUAACUCAUAUUUACGAAUUACCUAACUGUAAAGAUAAAUAAUCAUAUGUAUAAAGCGUAGAUAAUGUACCGAGCCUUGCUUUAACUCAAGGAUAAGUAUUGCCAAAAAAUCAGCAACGUGUGUACUUGCAAGUCCUCUGAUGUUACAAGGAAAGGUCCAAUCUAUGAAAUUUUAAUCGUGUUAACAUUAAAGAGGUUUUAAUUCUGUAAAUAUAAUUUAUUCGUGCGAUAAGUUAAGCAGGCAUAGUGUAAACUUAAAAGGAGUUAUUUCACUGAAGUCGAGUUCUUGAGAUUAUUCAUGUAACAUAUGCUUAGACCGAACGUGAUUGAGGCAUUAAGACUUUUUAACAUCAAUAGGUAAUUAGCCCGCAUAACAGGUGAUGUUUAAUGCUGUUUUCCCAAAGGUAGGACAAGAAAACAGUUCUUAGAACACGUUAAAUGCGAUAGUUGAUAUUAUUGACAUUUAUUUUCCAAUAUAGUGAGGAAAAUUUUCAAACUAAAACUGUAGAAAUGCCCUUGGCUUAAUCGAGUCGCGUCGCUUUCAACUUCGUUUCAACCCACGGGCCAAUUCCUCAAAGAACCGCAUGCUACGCGUGCCACCGGCCGUUGACGUAUAACGUGAAACGCCACGAGAUCGUUUUAAAGCUCUCAUUUCUUAAAAGAGUAUCAAUGACAUUUUAGUGAUACCACACCAUCUGUUAAGUGAAUAAAAAGACCCGUUAUCAAGUU